AUGGCCGGCCGAACAUUCGGCUACCUGCUCAGCCAGACAAUUAUAAUCACCAGAAUUGGUAACUACUUGACAGUCAAUCAGGUUUCACUGGCAUCACCUGCACUUGUCCUAAUUUUUGGACUUUGUUUUCCUCCAGUGCAAUGGAAAGUGCUUGUCGAAAGGAUGAAAAAUGGUUUGGAUGUUAAAGACUUUAAUGUGCCAGAGACAUAUCUGAAGUACGCGAAAUAUCGUACGGAAAAGCUCUGGUCUGAUACUAAGAGAAUUUAUGCGAACGGAUUCAUUCGGAAAUGGUCGCUGUGGUGGGCGAUGACAACUUGCAUGUCUUUGCAGGUUAGCCUGAAUUUUCCGAUGAGGGAUGAUUUGUUGAAGAACUGCUUUUGUAUUUUCCCGGAAGGCUUUGUGUAG